AUGUCAAGUGCAUUAUCUGGGUUCUUUUCACGAAAAAGAAAACGUCGUAUACAGAUUAUGACUUCUUCUAGAAAAAUUGCCAUAGAAAAAAUAGCUUUAAUAAAACCUCUAUUCCACGACAAAUUAAUUAACAACCUUCAGAUUCUACAAAUACGACCGCCUUCGAAAAAAGGAUCUCCAGUUAUAGUAGAUUUUAGUAUAUUUGUUGUAGAUAUAAACUCAAUUAAUGUAGAGGAUAUGGACUUUCGAGUAGAUAUGUUUAUACAUCAACGAUGGCUCGAAUCAAGACUUGAAAUAUCCGAUGAUAUAUUUGAGGAAGGAGAUGAUUAUGUCACUCUGUUGCCGGAAUUUUUUGAUAAUCUAUGGCAACCGGAUCCAUAUUUUCUCAAUUCAAAAAUUGCAGGAUUGGGAAGCCCCUAUAUUGAGCAAACUUCUCUGAUACGCCAUAAAACUGAGAAAGAGAAGAAAAAUUUCCAUCUAAAGAAGACUUUAAAAAUUGCCACAUUAACACACAAAUUUACUUCGGUGACUUUGUACAAAAAUAAGACGGUACGUUAUGCAGCACGAAUGCAUGCCAUCAUUGCCUGUCAAAUGGAAUUUCAAUUAUAUCCCAUGGACAUACAAGUCUGUCCCAUUUACAUAGAAAGUUUUUCUUCAAAUAAUAAAAAAGUAAAAUUACGCUGGUCCGAUUCAGGGGUUACCUUAAACCCGGAACUUAAGCUAUUGCAAUACAAUUUAGGUCAACCGCUGGAAUUGGAAGAGAGCGAUGGUUAUAUGCCCGAAAAAGUUGGUAAUUUUUCACGUCUCACCGUUUAUUUUCGUUUCGAGCGACAAAUUGGUCAUCAUUUGAUACAGACGUUUGCACCUUCGUCCUUGGUUGUUAUGCUGUCGUGGUUUAGUUUUUGGUUGGGUCUAGAUGCCAUACCCGGAAGGGUAACUCUAUUGGUCACCUGUAUGCUAACAUUGGUGACAAUGUUUACAGGUCUAAGAGCUGAUAUACCACCAGUGGCUUAUGUUAAGGCUUUAGAUUUAUGGAUGGCCGGUUGUAUGGUCUCUGUAUUUGCAGCUUUGGCAGAAUUUGUUGUAGUUAAAGUUUUGGAUGUCCAAUAUCAAUAUCAAGUUAACAAGGUGCCGAAAACAUUACCCAUGCGUCUAAGCAACAUGGAAAAAGGUCAAUGUGCAACCGUUGCUAGUUGGGAAGGUGGGGCUGUACGGUCACGCAAGGCUACACAAACGCCAACAACACCGGGCCAGACUUCAUUGCAGGGCAAUGGUGGCCCACCAAAACCGGCCAGACGUCAAAGUUUGUUGUCCGUAGCCUGGACCGAUGAUACAACGGGCGUUGAAAAAAUCAUGUGGCGUGAAAUUGAUAAAGUUUCACGGGCCGUCUUUCCAAUACUCUUUUUUGUUUUUGUACUUUUGUACUGGCCGAUAUUGUUAAUGAAAUCGUCUUAGGAUAUGGGGAGUUCCAGGGAACAACUCUCUGGAC